CACAGAGCAGGGAGAGACCACUCCCUUUGGCCGGUUUACGAUCAACAAAAUGCACCUGCUUCGAGAAGAGCGAGGUGUCAUGUGGAUCGAGGGGUUUCCUCAACCUCAGAUCCCAGCGGCGGUCCAGCCGGAGGCUCCCGAGGGUGCAGCUGAUGAGGAGGUACAUCCGGAGGAUGUGGAUGAUACUGCUGCUGCCCGCCCCACCACCUUCGAGUACGGGGGUGGCAGUUCCAGCUUCCCCGGCCAGGACUACUUCUCUCAGCAGUUCGAGCAGCUGCGUCUCCAGAAUCAGCAGCUCUACGAUUGUCAGAUGCAGUUUCAGCAGCAGUAUUCGGCUCACCAUGCCGAGUACCAGCACAGGAUGGCUGCGUAUGAUGAGCGCCUUGGUAGGCUGGAGACCCAGCAGAGCAUCCAGUCUGGAGGACUCCCUGGGAGGACUCCCCACUUCCACCUCCACCUGCUGAUGACGAUGAUGCAUUCAUGAAUGACAUCGAUCUGAACAACCUCGGCGACGAGUACGUUGUACUUGUCGCCCCCCUCAGUGUGUGUUUUUAUUUUUGUUUGAGACUUUUUUCUGUUUGCUCAAUGUGUUGAGGAGCUUGAACUUAGUUUGUCGUGUGUUUUGUUUCUUUUCUUUUGUGGAUUGUUUCUUUUGUGGCCAUCUGGGCCUACUCUGAUCCCUAACGAACAUGUGCUAGUGUGUUCUUGAUGUUCCCUUAGUGCAGAACUGUCCGUUCGUUCCAUAUGUCUCACGUUGACUGGUCCGCUUCCAGUCCCCCGCAACAUUUCGAUCCGGUAACAUCGUUCCCCUUCUCUAUCCCUCUUCUCCAUUGAGGGCAAUGUCGUGCUUAAGUGUGUGUGUGUGGGGGGGGGGGGGGUGCUUUGUAUCGGUUGGAAUGUAUAUACGUGUGCUUGGAGCCUAGUCCACUGUCCAAAUCUCGAGAUUUGAGGGCUCCAAGUACGGCUGUUUGAUCAUAUUGGCACUGUGUUUUGAUUGGUGAAUUGAAUGGUUUUUGGAUUGAUGCAUGACAACUGGAUAGUGACUAGGACAACCUAUAAUGAUGACUGAGACGUGUAGUAGAAUUGUGUAGGGGUUCAGUUUUUUUCAACUGUUUGCUUACCAACUGUGACUUGGAUUGAUUACUUGUUCUUGACAGUCUCUUAUGCAUCUAGUUCAGGGAAUCAGAAUGAGAGAUAGAGCAUAUAGGUAGCCAUGUGAGAUUUGAGCCUGCUCGUUUCUUUCUUGUGCGAUAGUUCCCUCUUCCAUGAUGUGUAGCAUUCACGUUGUCAUUAGCUAAGAUGAUGGAGGCAUAUGAUUAGCCCACGACCAAAUUGACUGUCCUGGUGUGUCAUACCCCCUAGUCAGCCCCUUUGAGCCGUGUGAUUAUCCUUUCUUUCGGUCUUCAAUGAAAAGUCACCCUUUUGCAUCUUUUAGAAGGUUCCAUAGAGUGAUUUUUACAUGUUCUCUGCUGUUUCUGCUGAAUGUAAUGUGAGAGUUGGAGGUAGUUCUUAAAAAGUUGGGCAAGUGUUUGUAAAUGUGCAGAGGUGGUGGUUCUCUUAAGAAAUGAAAAAAAAAAAAAUGUUAGAAAAACAAAGAAAAACUGAAAGCAAAAGAGAGCUACCACCAAAAAUCUGAAUAGUGCCCAUUAAGUAGUGUUUCUUAGCAGUCUGGCUUAGAAACACUGGUAUUUAUGUGACCUCCUUCGCUCUUGUGCUCUGAAUUUGAGUAAUGCAGAAUAGCAGAAAGAAAGUACUGGUUUGAUUGACUGUGAUUUUGUUGGGUUUGGAAUUGUGGAACCUUGUGCUAUGAAUACUUCCACCACCUAAAAGGCCUUUUCCCCAUGUCCAAGACCCUAGCCACUCAUUUGAACCUGUGUCUAAGACCUCCUGAUUAGUUAGUGAUGACAACCAUUUAUGUGAACUCUAACCUUUAGAGGCUGCCGUCAUGGUGAAGAGAUGUUAGGGAUUGAGAGAAUUAGUAUGCGUAUUUUUCGCAUCAAAUUUUCCUGAUCCCACUGGUCGAGAGUGAGCGAUUCAUUUCCUUGUUCUUUACACUCUUUACCCGGUGAGGACCUAGAUUGCUCGGUCUCUAUUCUGAUAUCUUGAGUUUUGUGCAUGAGUUGACUGUCUUGAGUAAGUGGUUGAGUCAAGUCUAGGUUGGUUAAUGAACAGAAGGGAGACUCCUCAUUUAUUCGAUUUUGCUGCACUCGAAUGUCAUUUGUGGUGGUUGUCCAGGUUGCUAUUAAGGUUGUUCAUGUGUUGGUGUUUGAAAACCAGUAUGAUUCACGUGUUCUGUGCCUAUAUGACUUGUCCCCAAUGUUGGUAUGAUUGAAAUAUGUGAGCUUACCUUGUGUCUGACUUGGUUUGCUUGGGGACAAGCAAACGGUUAAGUGUGGGGGAGUUUGAUAAGCCGUUAAUUGCACAUGUUUUUACCCCUAUUCUGGAACCGUUUGAGGUGUUGAUUCUCGUGUUUUAGGCCGAUUUCACGCUAGGUUGUGUUUGUUUGUGAUAUUUCAGGUCCUAGCAAGUGAAUGAAGGUUUAGGAGCGAGUUCGGGGUCGAUUGGACGAAGAUCGGGCGUGAGGCAAGUCAAAAAGGAAGCCACACGGGCACACCCACAACUCACACGGCCGUGCAAGUGACCUAUUUGGCCGUGUGGGAUUGUGCGAGCCUUCACACGGCUUGCCUUGAAAUCCACACGGCCGUGUGAAGGAGUGGUUUGGCCGUGUGGAAUUAUGCGAGGCUUCACACGGCCAGGCAGGGUGAUCCACACGGCCGUGCGACCCUGGCCGUGUAGGAAGCCUGAAGUGCAACUAAUCGGGACGCAGCGUUUUGAAGUCACACGAGCAACUGGGUAUGCCACACGGCCGUGUGGCCCUGCCCGUAUGAGUCGCGAAUUCCUGGUUUUAGCCCAAUUUCGGGCUACAAGAGAGAGAAUCGGACUUUUUGAGCAAAAACAGAGCCCUAGAGAGAGAAAGGAUGAAGAACACAUCCUAGAAGCUAUCUUGGAGCUGGGUUUCAUCAAAUCGAGCUUGGAGAUCGUCAUAGGAGUGGAAAUCAUCAUCCUAGAGCAGAUUCUUCCCAUUGUAAUGAGUAUGACUGCUUUGUACCUUGUUUUCCUCUCUCUCUCUAUGGAGUAGAACCCUUCUCUCACUUGGGGAUGAAGAACCCUAGUUCUAUGUGUUAGGGAUUUGAUUGUAAUGACUUGGGAUGAUAUUACUGCUUGGUCUUAAUCGAAUGAUGCAUGUUUAUUGAGUCAAUUGAAGUCUGAUCAACUUUUCCUGAUUCCUGCUGCAAUCUGAGAUAGAUAAAAUAUGAUUAGGUUGCUAGAGUCUCAUCAUUCGGUAGUAGGAGAUUGGCUAUACGAGAGUUAGCCAGUUUACUGCUUUGUACUGGAAUCCAAUUCCAGUAGUGGAGUUCUUUUCUUACUGCUUCAGCUUUCUAUCCCGGUGAAGACUAGUCGUCUGCCGGGUAGUUAGACUGAGAGGGCUUGGUCAUCUUAAGAGAUUCCAAGCUACUGUCGGAUCUUCCGCAGUCUAAUUAAAAGUAAAUCAACCCAGGAAAAUACAAUUGAAACCUAACUAAGGAGCUAGGGGGACUCAUUCCCGAGUGACUCUUACCUGCUUGAGAAAACCGUAUCAAUUCCUGCUUUCUUUCUGCUUUUGCUUUUACACAACAAACACUUAACUUAGUUGGCUAGAUAAUAGAGAAUCACUGAGUAAGCAGUAGAUCUAGACCCCGGGUUGAUAAUAUAACUUGUCACUUUACUGCAUUCCCGGUCUGCGAUUGCACUUGGUCGCAGAUUGGUGUUGUGUUUUGGCGUACCAACAACCUUCCUUUGGAUUAGCCACAGUAUUACCCGAUAGGGUUCCUUGAAUUCUCAAUGAUAGAGUUUGAGCCAACGAGCUUAGUUGGGCUUCAAAAUUUUGAAGUGGAGCUUGUUGAUUCGUUUGCCCCACUUCCAAACUUGAGAAUUUGGUUAAGGUAGUCUCAAUGAACUUGUCAAUAGCUU